AUGAAAUACGGGAUAAGGAUUCUGCAUAAUAAUCAAAGGGAUCUCUCAACAUGAGUGUAUUUUCAAAUCGGAGAAAAAAUAUACAUGUUUAACUUUGGAGAUGGGAUUCAGAGAAUAGCCUCACAAGCUAAAAUGAAAUUUGGGAAGGUUAGGUCCCUCUUUAUUCCAAGUUUGCUUCCUGAUCACUUUCUGGGGCUGCCAGGCUUUUAUCUGACCGCUCGUGAUGGUAUCAGAGCGAGUGGGAACCCCUUCAGCUUCACUGUUCAUGGUCCUGAAGGCUUCUCAGACAAGUUAAAAGAUUGAAGUUAUAUCAUGGGCACACUUGAAGGUUGAGGAGGCGUCUAUGAACACUCUGAAGAGAUGAAGGAAUUUGAUGAUUUAUGCCCCCAAGAUCCUGGGCUGUGAGUUGAUGUACAUCAGACUAAUUAUUUCCAAGAUGAAACAGUUCGAGUCGAAACUACUUGUAAUCAAGGAAAAAAUGGAGGAAAAAUUCUUAGCUACUUUGUAGUGCCAAAGCAAACUAGAGGAAAGUUCUUACCACAAGUAGCCAAGAAGUUGGGAUGAAAUCCGAAGGUUCAUUUUAAGAAAUUAUCACUUGGAGAAGAUGUAACUUUAGAAGACGGUACAGUCAUUCGUUCUUCUCAAGUUGUUGAUGAAGCUUUACCUUCAGAAUCAUUCAUCAUUAACUUCGUGCCGGACUCUACUUUCAUAGAUUCUGUGGUCUCAAACCCAAAGUAUGAAGCAUAUUUCGAAGAGAAUAUCUCAACCUCCACUAGACUCUCAAUAAUCUACCACUCUACUCAGAGUUGGGAAAUAUUUACAAAUGAAAAAUACUUGGAAUUUAUGAGAAAAUUCGGUCCAAAUGUCAAACAUGUUAUUGACUGUAAAGACCUUAACACAGAGAGAAAUUUGAGAUACAAAUCAAUGGCUCUAGCCAAACAAUACCAGAGCAUAUGUCCUCGACUCUAUCCUCUGGCUCCUGACAACCUGAUUGACUUUAAGGAACAAAAUUUUCACUGUGUUGAAGAAGAACUUAAAGAAUUUGAUAUCAUUUUCUCUGAAGCUGGGUUAAGAAUUGAGCUAUAUCCAGCCAAAUGUGCAGGCGUGUUCAAUGAAGAUGUUAUUACUAACAAAUUCUUGAUAAAUGAAGAGGAGCAGAAGGUUAUAGAAACUAUUUCAGCUAUGAAUCAAGACGCUAGAUCUACCAGUGAGUACUUGAACAGCAUCGAUCUUGCUAAUAUCAUUCCAGAGAAGACAUUUACAAAUGAGCCCGAGAUUCUCUUUUGUGGCACUAUUUCAAUGAAGCCUACUGGUACAAGAUGAUCAAGCUGAAUAUACUUGAAUAUUCCUGGAAAUAAGGCAACUAAAUCAGAAGAGGAAAAAUAUCAAACAACACCUAGAAAUCGGUUUGACAACAACUAUGGGAUUAUGCUCGAUUGAUCUGAAGCAACAUAUGGACAACUCUAUGAUCAUUUUCAGGAUAAACACAUUUUGGAUCAACUUCUGGUGAACCUAAGAGUAGUAUGGAUCACUCAUAUGCAUGGAGAUCACUGAAUGGGACUCUCAAAAAUAUUUUACGAACGAUCUUUAGCUAUCGAGAAGCUUUUCUCUCAGUCAGAAAUAGAAGAAUCUCCUGGAGAAUUUAUUAUUUAUGCUUGCGUGCCUUACUUCUUAGAAGAUCUGAUCAAAGAUAUUCCAUUUGUUAAAGUUAUUCUGACCUUCAAGCUAAAUCCUGAGACUGAAAAAUACUUUUACAAUGAUGAUCCAGCAGUUGCUAUAGAGUGCACACCUCAAAAUGUAGAAGGGUGUGUUCCGAAAAGUUAUGAAGAGUGUCUUCAGAACAUCCAGAAUAUGGAAGACAACUUUGAACCUGCUCUCAAACAAUUUUAUUCCUUUCUGAAUGAAAAAUUAGGCAUCAAGAGAAUCUAUGGUGUUGAAGCCUUCCAUUGUUAUGAAGCUUAUGGAUGCAUGGUGGAAGCUGAGGAUUGGAGAAUACUCUAUUCAGGAGACACAAUGCCUAACCAGAACCAUCUGAAUUAUGGUCAAGGCAUUACACUUCUUAUUCAUGAAGCUACACUGGAAAAUGGACUCGAAGAAGAUGCUCAGAAAAAGAAUCAUACAACUACAGGCCAAGCUAUUGAUAUCGCAAAUAAGAUGAACGCAUGGAGAGUUUGUUUGACUCAUUUCUCUUCAAGAUAUGUCAAAGUCUCAGAAAUUUCAGAAGAUCAUUUCAAGUAUAAGACAAUGAACGCUAUUGACCAUUUAAGGCUCAAACUCUCCGACUUUGAAUGGGCUUAUAGAACACUGGAGCUGUAUAAACCAUUUUACGAUCUCUAAAAUUACCUA